AUUCGAUUUUUUUUUCAAUCUUAUGUCAAUGUUUUUCUAUGAAAAAAAAAUAAAUAGUGAGGGUGCGUAAAAGAGUUUCUGUUUCUGAUAAUGGCAAAUAAAAUCGAAGAGUUGAAGAAAGACAUUGCCGAGAUCGAGAAUCUCGAGAAACAUGCCCUCAGACAGAAGGUAAAAGAUAUUUUGUCCAUCGAGAAACGAAAACUUGUCUCGGAAGUGAUAAGACUGGAGGAGCAAGAAGCUAAAAUGGAGAUUCCCUUAGAACUGCCGAAACUACCUGUUAAAACGACAACGAAUAUUCCCUAUGAAGUCAAAAUUACCAAUUACGCCUGGGAUCAAAGUCAAAAGUUUGUUAAAUUCUACCUAACGUUACCGAAAGUAAAUACAGUGCCUGCAGAAAAUGUCCGGUGCGAUUUCAAGGAAAAAUCGCUUGAACUUCGCGUAAAAAACCUAGAAAACAAAGACCAUGUGUUCAAACUAACUCAGCUCCUUCAUUGCAUCGAACCUAAAGACAGUACUUUUAAGGUAAAAAACGAUCUGAUUUUAAUAAACGCCGCCAAAAAAGAGGACAUCCGUUGGCUAUACGUAACAGAGUGGGAAAAGAAAACCAGUGAAACAAAGAAAACGCCUAGCUUUGACUCUGACACAGAUCCAUCGGCCAGUCUCAUGAGCCUGAUGAAAAACAUGUAUGAGACAGGGGACGACGAAAUGAAGAGGACCAUAGCUAAGGCGUGGACAGAGAGCCAAAACAAAGGUCCGACAUUUUAAAUAAUAUAGCAAAUAAACAAAAAAUAACGAAAAUCAGUUCAUUCUGUGGGGAGGUAUCACCAGAACAUUUAAUUUCUUUAGUGUGUUUAGCUGAAGUAAUUCCGUGUUAUUCAUAUUAAUCUAAACAAACCAAUAAUUAUUGAUCAUAUAAAUUAACAUAAACACAUUUUAGGCGUUACAAAGUUAUUCUACCUGUAUUUUUGGUUGCAUAUUAGAGUUUAGUUUGCCUAGAAACCAAAAUAUAGCCUUUAAAUCAAUGACUAAAGAAUAUAAGGACAUGUAACGCCCAUAUACAGGCUGCAGCAGAAUUUGUGACCUUAGAGAGCUUUCUUUUGAUGACAAACAAUGAGUCAUCAUUUGGUCACCAACGACAGUUUUAGCAAUAUUUAAUAGUUUGUGUGUAGUAAACUUUGUAUAAACUUUAUUAC